AGAGUUCAGCGCAAACCCACACUGCACACACAGACACCUUUGAGCAGCCGCGGUUCCGUCUCCCUCGUCAGAUCUCUCUCCCGUCACCAGUCCACCAGAUCCACAUCCCAAACCGCGCGGCGCAGCAAUGGCGGUGCGCCCGAGCCUCGCGUACUUCCCCUCCGACAACGCGCUCCUCGAGUCCUCGGGCCUACCGUGGGGCGUCGCCGUCACGCCCUUCUCUUCCACCGACGAGCGCGGCUCCUCUCCGGUCACCGGCGACGAGGGCGACCUCAUCCCUCGCUGCACGUCCUGCUUCGCCUACUUCAGCACCCUUUGCUCGCUGCACCGCUGGUCGUGGACGUGCCCCAUCUGCUCGGAGGACAACGACCUCUCCGCCGACGCCGCCGCGCGCUACGCGCGCGACGGCAGCCACGACCCGCCCGAGUUGCGCUCCGCCUUUGUCGACCUCCUCCUCCCGGGUGAGGAGGGUGAGGCAGCGGCUGCGACGACGCCCGUGUACGUGGCAGCGAUCGACUUAUCCUCUUCUGAGGAGUUUUUGGAGCUAGUCAAAAGUGCUCUUCUGGCAGCUCUUGAAGCUCUUUCUCCAGGAUCAUUAUUUGGGAUUUUAACGUUUAGCAGCAAGAUAGGACUAUAUGAUGUUCAAGGUCCAAUACCAAUUGUGAAAAACGUUUUUAUCCCUCCUGAUUCUGACGGCACCUUGCACGUGGACCUUAAAGAUGUCAUGCCAUUUUGUUCAUUUUUGGCUCCUGUUGGCACUUUCAAAGACCGCAUUGCUGAAGCACUAGAAACAAUUAAACCAAUAGCUUCAUGGGAAAGGGCAACUACUGCAUCACAAGUUCAAGAUCACGCAUUGCAUCAUACCCGUGGGUUUGGGGUAGCAAUUGAUGCUCUUGUCAACUACCUAAGUGUGGAAAAUGGAACUACCUUUGAACUUGCUAGAAUAUUUGCGUUUUUAUCUGGGCCUCCGAAUUAUGGGGCUGGCCAACUGGACGCAAGAAGCAAUGGGGACCACAAUACUGGUAAAGUGGUGGAUUCAAAUAAUACAUUACUGCCCGAAGAGACAAGUUUCUACAAAAAUCUGGCUGCUAGUGCUGUUCAAGCAGGUGCAUGUGUGGACCUUUUCGCGAUUACAAAUGAAUACACUGAUCUUACUUCCCUAAAAGUUCUGAGUGUUGAGAGUGGUGGCUCAUUGUUUCUGUAUUCAAAUACAGAUGAAUCAACACUUCCACAAGAUAUAUACAAAAUGCUAAAGCGUCCAUAUGCCUUUGGAUGUGUACUGCGGUUGAGAACAUCUCCAGAGAUCAAGAUUGCUGAUUCUUAUGGUCAUUUCUUUCCAGAUCCUCAAUACAUGCAUGUUCAGCACAUAAAUUGCUGUGAUUCGUUUGCUAGCUACACUUACGACUUUGAGUUUGAAAAGGAUUCUCAGUUUGCCAGGAAGUCAAGGCCUCCUAUUCUCCAAAUCGCAUUUAAGUACACGAUGAUAGUACACCAUGGUGAUACAUCAGAUGAUGCUUCCAAUUCUGGUAGUAGAUCUAAGUUCUCAGUGCAAAGGCGGCUAAGGGUGCGGACUAUCCAGUACAACACAACUGCUAAUAUCUGGGACCUGUAUGACUUUGUUGACCCAGAUGUGGUAUUGACGAUACUUGUACACCAGGUUAUUUUGGCUUCUUUAAGUGAUGUGGUAGAAGCAAGGCUAUGGCUCCAUGAUUGGUUGGCGAUUUUCAUUGCCCAGUACAACAAGGCAUACAAGAACGUCAGACCUGCUGAUUCUGGAGUUUCUGAUAUUGACGUUGAUUUCUCAAACUGCUCACAAUUGCAGCCUCUGGCACAGCUUGUAUUUGCAUUUCUAGUAAGCCCAUUACUUCAAGUUCAGGAUGAACAUAUUCAUCCAGAUUACCAGACAUAUUUGCAGUGCCUCUUCAGUGCACUGGAACCGGCUUCUCUUCGGCAAGCUAUAUGUCCUACACUGAGUUCGUACUCCUCUCUUGAUACAGAAGCAGAAGUGCAUCAGUCUCUAAGUCGCAGUGUAUUCACCAGUGAGAGACCAAUAUUCCUUCUUGACGCCUACACUGACCUUUUGGUGUAUUACUUGCCUACAGCCAGCCCUUCAAUUCCCUUUCCUCCUCCACGUGACUGUCUGUUGAGAUCAACGGUCGAUAGGUUGAAGCAAGAAAGGACCUUAACUCCCAGGCUUGCUUUUAUUCAUGGUGCACGUGAUGAUACAACAACAUUUGAGAAAUACCUGAUUGAGGAUCGGGCUCUGGAUGGCACUCUGCUGGUUGGCUCUAUAGGUUUCAGAUCCUUCCUUGAGGAGGUUAGAAGCAGAGUAGCCGAGUUUGGAAUAUAGAGAGGCCUGUCUCAGCUGUUGUUUAAGCUGUUCAAUAUGCAAGAUUGAUGAUUGGUCAUACUGGGCACCUUGGCAUGGAUAAGAUCUGUUGUGUUGCUUACCUUACUUUUGACACUCCAUGUUGCUAGGGCCACUCCAUUGAUAUGAUAUGAAUCCAUCACCACUUGUUGAAUAUGGCAGGAUUGCGUAUUUCUGGAGUUCAUAGUCCAUGUUGAAUAUGCAUGUCUUGAACAAGUGUUUUGUACAUUGCCCAAACAGGCAGACACACUUUGGUGACGAUUUUGCUUUGUACUGUACGUCAUUUUUACUUGUUAUAUAUAAUGUUUGUAUGCGUGCUUUUUUGUAUA